AUGGCCAACAAAAUAGCAAAUACGACGCUGGAGGAAAGUACGAACCUUUCCGAAGACACCAACCAGGACCAGAUGAUGGAGAUGACCAACAAAUGCACAAAUGCAGAGGUGGAGGAAAGGACAAACCCCUCCAGGGACAUCGACCAGAACCAAUUCAUGCCUUUUGGUACGAAACUGGUAUUGAUUACCAUCAGCUUGAUGCUGGCUGUCCUCUGCGUCGCACUGGACAAUACGAUUAUUGCGGUUGCCAUUCCCCGAAUCACCGAUCAAUUCCAUAACCUCAAUGAUGUAGGCUGGUAUGCCUCGUCCUACCUUCUUACCACUUGCUCAUUCCAAUUACUCUAUGGCAAAUUUUACACCCUGUUCAACAUCAAAUGGGUAUUUCUUGUGGCGCUGUGCAUAUUUGAGCUUGGCUCAUUGAUCUGUGGUGUUGCGCCAAGCUCGACAGUUUUGAUAAUUGGACGAGCCAUUGCUGGGCUGGGAAGUGCUGGAAUCUUUACUGGGGCUCUCAUUACAGUGGGCCAUAUUGUGGAACUCAAGAAACGACCUAUCUUCUUCUCUAUGAUUGGCGGGGUUUACGGAAUUGCCUCUGUUGCUGGCCCUUUGAUGGGCGGUGCAUUUACUGAUCAUGCAACAUGGCGCUGGUGCUUCUAUGUCAACCUUCCGAUCGGGGGCAUCACUGCUGUGGGUAUCUUAGCCUUACUAAAACUGCCUCCACGAGCAAUUCCCCAAAAGCGUUCCUGGAUGCAAACAACCAAGAGCCUGGAUCCUCUAGGAACCAUGGUAUUUGUGCCAUCGAUAGUCUGUCUAUUGCUUGCACUGCAAUGGGGCGGCGUGCAGUAUCCCUGGUCAAAUGGGCGGAUCAUCGCCCUUUUUGUUCUCUUCGGCAUUGGAGUUAUCAUUUUCAUCGGACUGCAGAUAGCCUUGGGUGAAAACGCAACGGUUCCUGUCCGAAUUGCCAAGCAACGCUCAAUCAAAUUCGCGUCGGUUUUCGGUUUCUGCAUAGGUGCUUCCUUCUUCGUCAUGGUUUACUAUAUCCCCAUAUGGUUCCAAGCCAUUCGCGGCACCACUGCAGUCGGCGCAGGUAUUGACUCCCUUCCACUGGUUCUCGCCCAUGUAGUCGCCAUCAUCAUAUCUGGCGCCCUGACAUCCCGUCUCGGUUAUUACACCCCGUUCUUCAUCGCGGGUAGUAUUAUCUGCUCAAUAGGCGCUGGGCUCAUCACUACUUUCACCGUCGACAUCUCCCAAGCCAAAUGGGUUGGAUUCAUGUUCAUCUAUGGAAUAGGUGCGGGCUGCGGCUUUCAACAAGGUGGGGUUGCCGCUCAGACCGUUCUCAGCGUCGGAGAUGCAUCCAUUGGCACUGCGGUCGUCAUGUUCCUACAGAUGCUUGGUGGUGCACUCUUUACAACGGUCGCACAAACCAUCUUUACAACAAAGUUGGUGAAGAAUUUGACUGCGCUGAACAUGUCAGGUCUUGAUCCAUCGGACAUAGUGCAUGCGGGUGCGACUGGCUUACGGGGAAUGGUGACUUCGGAUCAACUGCCGAGGGUGCUUGAGGCUUACAAUGAUGCUCUAAUGCACGUUUUCCAGCUGGCACUGAACGUUGGCUGUGUGAGUAUUGUGGGUGCAUUGGGUGUUGAAUGGCGCAGUGUCAAGGGAAAGAAGAUCGAGACUGUCGUUGCUGCGUGA